GAAAGAAAGGAGAAAGACGUAAAAGGAGUGGGAAUUUAAUUCAAUUCAGGUGCAAAUGAUUGUGGGCCUCGUUUUCAAGACCAACCGAAGAGCCAGUGUCAGUGUUCGUUGAAUCCUCCGUGCGGUUACAUUAUAUCGAAUCGGUUUAAUAUAAAAUUUCAAAUGAAAACUCGCCCACAUGUUAAAACAUAAGAAAAAUUAAAGUUUGACCAACGGUACCAGCAAAACAAAAGAAUGAAGAUUAUUCUCACUUUAUUAUUUUCGGCGCAUUAUAUGACGUGUUUGGCGCAAGAAAAUAUCAAUAACAAACAUGUAUCAAACGAAAAUGUUCACGCAAACAUAUUACAAACUUCAUUAGAAUCUUUUCCCGAUGUCCAAGCGAAAAAUUUCGAAAACAACGGCAACCCGUAUUCGGAACCGUACAAUAUUGAAUAUAAAUAUCAUAAUUAUGAAAAGAUGACAGCUUUUUUACGACAUACUACAGCGAGGUAUCCGGAAUUAACAGCGCUAUACUCCAUAGGAAAAUCUGUACAAGGUAGAGAUUUAUGGGUUAUGGUGGUUUCGGCGUCGCCUUACGAACACAUGAUUGGAAAACCCGACGUCAAAUAUAUCGGAAAUAUGCACGGAAAUGAAGCAGUUAGUAGAGAAUUGAUGUUACAAUUGAUUCACUAUUUGGUUACAAAUUAUGCCGUGGAUCCAUAUAUUCGCUGGCUUCUGGAUAAUACCAGAAUUCAUAUAAUGCCUUCGAUGAACCCAGACGGAUUCGAGGUAUCAAAAGAAGGCAAUUGCGAUGGGAGUCAAGGAAGAUAUAACGCCAGAGGUUUUGAUUUAAACAGGAAUUUUCCUGAUUAUUUCAAACAAAAUAACAAAAGAACCCAACCCGAAACGGAAGCAGUAAAAGAAUGGAUUUCCAAAAUCCAGUUCGUUCUAUCGGGAAGUUUACACGGCGGAGCACUAGUUGCUAGCUAUCCCUUCGAUAGUACCCCUAAUUCUCGAAUUUGUAGAUCGUCAGCAUUAUGUUCUUUGUUCCAGAGUUUUUCAACUCCGUCUCUAACACCAGACGAUGAUGUAUUCAAACAUCUGGCCAUCACUUAUUCCACAAAUCACGCCAAAAUGAGCAGGGGAGUUUCUUGUAAAACUUCUCGAACUGCGUUCAGAAGAGGUAUAACCAACGGAGCCGAAUGGUAUCCGUUAACUGGUGGUAUGCAGGACUAUAAUUACGUUUGGUAUGGAUGCAUGGAGGUAACAUUGGAAGUUUCUUGUUGCAAAUACCCCCCAGCACAUGAAUUGCCUAAGUAUUGGGAAGAUAACAAACUGGCACUAAUAAAGUUUCUAGCGGAAGCUCAUAGGGGCGUACAAGGAUUUGUUAUGGAUGAAAAUGGAAAUCCACUUGGAAAAGCGUCUCUAAAAAUCAAAUUAAGAGAUGUUGGUUUCCAAACAACAAAAUAUGGAGAAUUUUGGAGAAUACUUUUACCAGGAAUAUACAAAAUGGAAGUUUAUGCUGAUGGAUACAUACCGAAAGAAGUCGAAUUUAUGGUAGUUGAACAACACCCAACUCUAUUAAAUAUCACAUUACACGGUGCAAAAAGGAAAGAAGGUCAUUAUCAGACCCAACAGACCAUACAUCGGCCAGUAUAUCAACCACAACAUCAAGAAACUGGCAUAUUAUCCUCAAUACCAAUGGGUUUUCAAACUUAGUAAAUUAUUUUGGUUAAUCUGGUCACCCUACGUCUUAAUUUAUUGCAAUAGAGUACAAAGCAAAAAUAUAUAUAUAGAAAUGUUCUCUAUCUACUUUAGAUUCCGAGCUUAGUUAAUAUUUAAAUUAUUUAUUGUUAUUUUUCUUUGUAAACAACAUUUACAAAUGUUACAAUUAAACUAUUUCAAUUUA